AUGUUGUCCAGAAGUAUAAAACGCAGCAUGAGCCACCUCCCACGUGCGGGAAACAUGGCUAAAGUGUCCAUGGCCCGUAAUCUUACUUUGGGUGCCAAAACUGGUCUUCGUCCUGCCUUGAUCGCCGGGGUCCAAUCUGGCUUCAAAGUGUCCACUCCCAUGGGAAUGUCCUUCAAAAGAUUUGCAUCGCAAACCGUAAAGGUUCCUGAGAUGGCAGAGUCCAUCACCGAGGGUACUUUGGCAUCUUACAGCAAAAGCGUCGGAGACUAUGUCGAACAAGAUGAGACCAUUGCUACCAUUGAAACCGACAAGAUCGAUGUAGAGGUCAAUGCUCCAGUUUCCGGAACUAUUACCGAGCUUCUUGUUGAAGUUGAGGACACCGUGGAGGUUGGGCAAGAGCUUUUGAAGAUUGAAGAAGGUGCCGCACCUGAAGGUGGAGCUGCUAAGAAGGAGGAGCCAAAGGAAGAGAAGAAAGAGGAGCCAAAAGAAGAGAAGAAGGAGGAAAAGAAAGAAGAACCUAAGGAAUCAAAGCCCGAGCCUAAGAAGGAAGAGCCAAAGAAGGAACCAAAGAAGGAAUCCAAGUCUGAGCCUAAGAAGGACUCCAAGUCGCAAGAUCCCGUUUCUUUCACCAACUUUUCUAGACACGAGGAGAGAGUCAAGAUGAACAGAAUGAGAUUGAGAAUCGCCGAGCGUCUUAAGGAAUCUCAAAACACCGCUGCUUCUUUGACCACUUUCAAUGAAGUCGACAUGUCCAACUUGAUGGAAAUGAGAAAAUUAUACAAGGAUGAAUUCUUGGAAAAAACCGGAAUCAAGCUUGGUUUCAUGGGUGCAUUCGCCAAGGCUUCGUGCUUGGCUGCCAAGGACGUUCCUGCCGUCAAUGCUGCCAUUGAAAAUAACGACACCUUGGUGUUCAGAGACUACACUGACAUUUCUGUUGCUGUGGCCACUCCAAAGGGUUUGGUUACCCCAGUUGUCAGAAACGCCGAAUCGUUGUCUAUCUUGGAGAUUGAACAAGAGAUCUCAAAAUUGGGUAAGAAGGCCCGUGACAACAAGAUCACCUUGGAGGAUAUGACCGGUGGUACCUUUACCAUCUCUAACGGUGGUGUGUUUGGUUCUUUGUAUGGUACUCCUAUCAUCAAUAUGCCUCAAACUGCCGUUUUAGGUUUGCAUGGAGUCAAAGAGAGACCAGUAACUGUCAAUGGUCAAAUUGUUUCGAGACCAAUGAUGUACUUGGCUUUGACUUACGACCACAGAGUUUUGGACGGACGUGAAGCCGUCAUUUUCUUGAGAACUAUCAAGGAAUUGAUUGAGGACCCAAGAAAGAUGUUGUUAAUGCAAUAG